AUGGUCGACUCCUGUUGUGGCUCCGUCUGCUCUGACCAGGGCUGUGGCCAGGAGACCUGCUGCCGCCCCAGCUGCUGCCAGACCACCUGCUGCGGGACCACCUGCUGCCGCCCCAGCUGCUGUGUGUCCAGCUGCUGCCGCCCCUCCUGCUGUGGUUCCAGCUGCUGUGGCCCCAGCUGUUGCAGACCCAGCUGCAGCAUCUGUAGCUCCUCUCGCCCCACCUGCUGCCAGACCACCUGCUGCCGGACCACCUGCUGCCGCCCCAGUUGCUGCGUGUCUAGGUGCUGCCCCCCCUCCUGCUGCAUUUCUAGCUGCUGCCGCCCCUCCUGCUGUGGUUCCAGCUGCUGUGGCUCCAGCUUCUGCCACCCCUCCUGCUGUUGCCCCUCCUCCUGUGGCUCCAGCUGCUGCCGCCCCUCCUGUUGCUGCCCCUCCUGCUGCCUGCGCCCAGUUUGUGGCCGGGUCUCCUGCCACACCACUUGCUAUCACCCCACCUGUGUCAUCUCCACCUGCCCCGGUCCCAUGUGCUCUGCUGCCGCCCCUCCUGCUGUGGCUCCAGCUGCUGCCGCCCCUCCUGCUGCUGCCCCUCCUGCUGCCUGCGCCCAGUCUGUGGCCGGGUCUCCUGCCACACCACUUGCUAUCGCCCCACCUGUGUCAUCUCCACCUGCCCCCGUCCCAUAUAAUAUGAUUGUCUUUAUGGAAAAUCCAGAAGAAUUUCAUACACAUGGAACUGAACCUCCACCCUCUGACACCAUGGUCAACUCCUGUUGUGGCUCCAUGUGCUCUGACCAGGGCUGUGGCCAGGAGACCUGCUGCCGCCCCAGCUGCUGCCAGACCACCUGUUGCAGGACCACCUGCUGCCGCCCCAGCUGUUGUGUGUCCAGCUGCUGCCGCCCCUCCUGCUGUGGCCCCAGCUGCUGUGACUCCAGCUGCUGCAGGCCCAGCUGCUGCCGCCCCUCCUGCUGUUGCUCCAGCUGCUGCGGCUCCAGCUGCUGCCGCCCCUCCUGCUGCUGCCCCUCCUGCUGCCUGCGCCCAACCUGCUGCCACCCCAGCUGCUGCCAGACCACCUGCUGCAGGACCACCUGCUGCCGCCCCAGCUGCUGUGUGUCCAGCUGCUGCCGCCCCUCCUGCUGUGGUUCCAGCUGCUGUGGCCCCAGCUGCUGCGGGCCCAGCUGCUGCAUCUCCAGCUGCUGCCGCCCCGCCUGCUGUGGCCCCACCUGCUGUGGCUCCAGCUGCUGCAGGCCCAGCUGCUGCAUCUCUAGCUGCUGCCGCCCCACCUGCUGCCAGACCACCUGCUGCCGCCCCAGCUGCUGCGGGUCCAGCUGCUGCCGCCCCUCCUGCUGCUGCCCCUCCUGCUGCCUGCGCCCAGUCUGUGGCCGGGUCUCCUGCCACACCACUUGCUAUCGCCCCACCUGUGUCAUCUCCACCUGCCCCCGUCCCAUGUGCUGUGCCUCCCCUUGCUGCUGA